GUCGGUUUGGAUCGUCACAGUGUCAUGCCUCUGAUCCUCAAUUCUCAGAAAAAUAUCCUUCUUAUAUGUGACUCUUCAUACAUAUGCCCACUAUGUGACAGUAAAAUACAUUACAAUAACAUUGACAUUGAAAGAUGCGCAAGAAACAUUAGGAUGAUUCGGAAUUAUCAGCAUAUUCCAUUGGAGGAGCAUCAAGUUAAUACAGUUUUUCUUCGUUUGUGUGAUUACACAGACAAUUCAAAACGCAAAUUGACCCGGUUACAUGGGCAGCAGCAUGUAGCAAUUCUCGAUCUCAUGGAUGAUUCACUGUGAUGACACAUGCAUAGAAAGCCAUUAACAAACACACACGGAUCAUCUGGUAGCCAUUAGCAGCGAGUCAACGGCAACAAGAUCACAAGGGUGGGGCUCACACACUGCAUAGUCUUCUCAUGAUGUACGUGUGUGUGCGUGCUUGCGUAUGUGCAUGCACGUGUGUUUUUGUAUAAUUCUCACGUUGUGAUUAAAGGGGAAUUCCAUCCAAGGUUUGCAUGCUUCCAUACACAGGCGCACAAUGCGAUCUAUGUGAAGUGUGUUUACGUUGGUGACUCCACCCAGCAGCUUCGGAACAUUGAGAACUUUGAAGAUGUGAUUCCCUCAUGUUUUGUUGUGGUUCUUCUGCUCUUUUUAAAUGUCUUUGGGUACACUGACACACUCACGUGUGUGUGUGUGUGGUUUCUCUUUGCUGAUUUAAUUACCCGAUCUUUAAUUAUAUUAAUUGCUCGUAUGAACUAAAGUAGAUACAGUACAUAAGCAGGGACCAAACAACCAAGAGCCAAGGCAUAACACACAAAAGAAAUACACAAACAAAAACGAAGUCAAAAACCAUAACAAGAACAACUCGAGAAUAAGUUUAAAAAGUGAAUAUACAAGAAUGAAGAAUGACCCAACCCCAAAAGUAAAUCCAUAAUCGAAGAACCAAGUAAACGUUAGAAGAGCUCUACUAAUUUUGUCACUCUGUUUCCACCCUUUUGUGUGAUAUUGUUCAUUGUGUUCAAUCAACCUGCAGAUUCAGAAGUAGAAAUGUUGCUACAGCACCUUUAUGAAAGGGCUCAGUACUCAGAUUUUCAUCUUUGUUGUGUUAAAACUGUACGGAUUUGCGAGUUUGGACCCUACGCGUGUUCACGAGUCGAGGAAGAUAUGACCUUUGAUUAGAAAAAGUUAACAGCAAAUGGAUUUAUUACAAAGGAAUGUGCAAUACAGACGUUCGGGUCUUAUCUAGAUGUCUGCCGCACACGAAACGUGUGUCUUCUGGCAGGAUAGCCAAAGAAGAAGACAAAAGCUGCCCAGUAACACAAGGUUUUUAUAUGUAUGGGUCCAUGGUAAAAGUGGCUGACCCCACGCAGUCUGGUCCUGGGCUGGAAUGGUAACUUUCCGCUCCUUAUCUGUUGUCAUUCGUCUCCAUGGCAACGCCUGGGAGAGGAGGAUGCCACCAGCCGGUUUUCUGCUACAAAGUUCAAGCACAGCCACUGCACUCCACAACACACCCUUGUAUGAUUAGCAAAUGGACAACACUUUAUCUGUUGAUUAAAUGUAUAAGGUCAUAUUUAAGCAAAUAAUGAAAGUGCAAUAAAAGUAAAAUAGUCUUCAAAACUUAAAGCAUUUCAUAGGUCACAUCAGAGCAGCACGGUGGAGCAGCUGGUUAGAGCAUUGGGCUCACAGUUCUGAGGACCGGUGUUCAAAUCCUGUGUGGAGUUUUCAUGUUCUCCCUGCACCUAUGUGGGUUUUCUCCAGACACUCCGGUUUCCUCCCACAUCCCAAAAACAUGCAUGAAAUGGAGACUCUAAAUUGCCCUAGGUGUGAUUUUGAGUAUGACUGUUGUUUUUCUUUCUGUGCCCUGCGAUUGGCUGGCAACCAGUUCAGGUUGUACCUGACCUCCUGCCCAAUGAUAACUGGGAUAGGCUACAGCAGCCCCGUGACCCUUGUGAGGAUAAGCUGAAAAUGGAGAAAAUAGAUGGAUGUCUCAUCAGACGUUACCACCACCUAAUGAUUUGAAUGCAGGGAUUCCACAGUGCUCCAACAUCCUGCUCUGUUGGGAUCUGUGUGGAAGGUGCUGAAAUGUUAUUUUACAUUGGCAAUGUGAAGUUGAUGAGUGGAGAAGGAGGGAGGGAUAAUGGGGGAGGAAGAGAAGGAUGUAAUGUGUGCAGUAUGUGUGCGUGUGUGUAUGGGGAGGAUCCUUGUGCUCUUAAAGCUGCUGUGGGGGUACAUGAGGUGCACAUCUGCACUGUUGCCACAACAGUAGGUACACACACAAACACUUAAACCAUACACACACACACUGGCAAUUUUGGACGGACUCUUGACACUCCCAGGAUGCGACAGCAGGGCACAUUAGGGCUCCAUAUGGACAGCGAAGUGCCGGCGAGGGGGGAGCAUGUAACCAACUGCUCCAGAGCGCGGGGUGUUCCUCUGAUGAAAUGGCUGCUGCUGGCCACGCUGUUGGCACCUGGAACCUGGAGCCUCCUCAAUGAGGAAGAGGAGGAGCUGCUGGUUGAGCUCCACAAUUAUUACCGAGGGCAGGUGUUCCCGAGUGCCUCUGCCAUGCUGCCUCUGAAAUGGGACCCAACACUGAAGCUGCUGGCAGAGGGAUACGCUGCCAAGUGCAUCUGGAACCACAACCCAGACCUGGAGGACACUGGAGAGAACCUAUAUGCUGGCACUGGGCCCGUAGACCUGCGGGCAGCGCUGGAGAAGUGGUUCCUUGAACAUCUCUCCUAUGAUUUCCAGAACAACAGUUGUGAUGAUGACAAGAUGUGUGGACACUAUACACAGAUGGUGUGGUCAGAUACACACAGGGUGGGCUGUGCUGUGCAUCUGUGUAACAACAUGGAAGGUCUGGAAUGGGAGAAGAUCUCUUUCCUGGUGUGCAACUACUACCCAGCGGGGAACUAUGAAGAUGAGCGUCCUUACGUGGAAGGAGAUUCUUGCUCCCAAUGUCCAGAAAAACUACAGACUUGUGAAAACAACCUCUGUGUUCCCGACAUGGAUGACAAAGAUGGUGAAGAAGAGGAUGAGGAGGAGGAGAAAAAGCAGAAGGAGGAGGGUAUGCUUCUUCCUGCCGCAACAACAGAUUUAUUGCACCAGGCAGACGUCACCACCAGAAUCAGCAGAACUAGCAAAACCACCUCUCUGCUACCAACUCAUACACUUCUUUCUCCUCUCGUAACAUCUAAGUCCAACUUCCUCUCGGGUGAGGAAAAUAAGGAGGGUGUGCCUGUCCUUCUUGUCAUAACAACAGAGUUAUACCACCAAGUAGACGUCACCGGCAGCACUAGCAGAUCCAUUCCAUCCACACAGACCCCCACUACAGUCCAGAGGAAGGCAGCCAUAAGAAAGGAGGUGGAUUCAAAGGCAAGACAGCAAGAAACGAGAAUGGAGUGCGAACCAGUCUUCACAAUAUCUCAGAAAGACAUUCCACCCAUGACGAGUGCCACUUCCUCACCUUCCCCACCUCCAUUCAUUCUUCUGUUUCUUUCCUUUAUCCUGAUCAUAAUCAUGCUGCCAUUGUGUGGAAGAGGAUGACAUGCAGACAUACAGACAGACACACCCACACAGAAAAAUAUCUCAAUUUGUUCAAAACAGAGAAAUCAGGGGAAAUUUUGAGAUAUGAUGACAAGUGUAUACAUAGAACUAUUAGAAAUGUAUUUCUGUAGAAUAACUAUAGUUUCAAGCAGCACAAUAGUGUAGUGGCCAGGAUAUUUACCUUAGUUGAUUGGUUGAAUCUUGGCUCAGACCCUCCUAUGUACCAUUUGCAUGUUGCAUGAGAUAGCUAGGAAGCUAAUGAGUAUGGAUACAAACUAGCAUGAAGAGACAAGAUGGUGACGGUGACAAGGUAAAAGAAAAAAGCGACUAGUGACAAUGUAAAUCCUUCAGUGUCGGUUUAAUAGAAAGUGGACUGACACAUUUGGAGCUUCCAGCUGGAAAUAAAUGUCUACAAACAGAAAGUUACAAGAGUUUUUACAAUUUUGUGAAUUUAUUUUGAGAUUAAUGAGAUCUUUUUCAAGUUGUAAUUGUCCAGGCAGGGUUUUUAUGGUGUUUAAAUGGCAAGAGAAGAUUUGGAGCACCCAAGUGCAGGGAACCAAGGAGGAAAGGCAGGAGUGCAGGAAUAUCAAAACAUGUUUUAAAUUUCCAAAAAAGUCACAGCGGCCUGCAGUCAUUACCGAGGAACAAGGAUCGGGGCCCGCCACAGCUGCUUAGAAUGAUGGAUGGGGUCUGCAGGUACUUUUUCAGCCUGCUGCCGUAGAGGUUUUGACAAGACCAGAAAGAAGACGGGCAGAGUACACAGGAAUUCACAAAGGUGGACUAGGAAACAUUGAUGGGACGAGACAAGGUGAUGAAAUCUGCAUGGAACGAAGUGACUUUAUUUAACUGUUGAUAAUUCUGGGACUUUGAAACUGGGGCAGAAAAACAGGCAAAGCAAAUUUGACCUUUACUUGGAUGUCUCCAUCAGGGAACACGCAGAGGUUCCAAAUAGAUGACCAAUGACUUGUGCUUAGACUCACAGAUAUUGGAAAUGGUGACAAAAAAUGACAGGCAUAUGAAAAAUGACCAGGGGAAGAACCGUAAAUACCAAAAUCGAGGUCUGAACAUGUCUCAGAAAGAUUAACUACAACUUGGCUUCAUAAUUCUUUCUUCCUAAUCUGAUAAAGGUUAAGGAUAAAUUUAAAAAAGUUAAAAAAUAAAAAUGAAAACUUAAAAAAAAGGAACAAUGGGGGUCAAAACUCACCACUGCAAAACGUGACUAAGAAAGAUGACGUGGGAGAAGCCUAGCUUUGACAUAUGACAAUGAAUCAACAAGCACUGAAAGAAACCAGGGAACUAAAUGCAAACAAAUUGAUGAGAGAAGGAACACUCAGGUGACAAGGUGCAAAUGGCUGGAGGGACCUCAUUGGUUGAUAGAAAAAUGGUGGAGAGAACAGGUGGAGACAAUAAAUGAGCACAUAAGAAGACAUGAACAACACGGAACACAGUAAAAAGUAAACAAGACAAAACAAAUGAAAAAAACAUGACAGUAAUGUUGGUUUAACUGUACAUAAAGUUAUCAUAUUUGCGUGUUUGCUGUGCUUAAUAUGCUUGAACAAUAUGAUGCAACAAAGAAUGGUAAAUUGGGCGUGAAACAGCAUGAGGCGGAGAAGAAGCCACAAAGCUGCAGAUGGAUUAUUCUGCACUCCACACUCAUCAGGAAGAUUCUGCGUUCUACACUCGUCAGUAGAAGACAUGCCAAGAGUUUUCGUUGUUUAGCACAUUUGCUUUGUUUAUUACGUUGCAGACCGCCCUAACAAAAAAAGAGUGUUCUAGGGAUGUGGGCAAAACAGGCAGGAGAUUGUGACUGUACGCAUGCCCUAUGUUCUCCUCACGAGUAAACGUUCCUAUUGUCUUCCUUCUUUGAAUAUCGUACUUUAAAUGUCCUAUGUCAUGUUUAAAAAGCCUGACUCUCUAUUAAAAAAGGGCGAACAGACAAGGCUUCAAGUGUUACUUGCUGCAAGGGGAGCGACAGGGCCUCUCCCUGCUUCCAACCAACUCCUACUUGUGUCCCCUUGCAGUUUAUUUUUAUUCACAUAAAUCACAUGAUGAGUGUGUGCGUGUGUGUGUGUGUGAGAGACUGCCCGAUUGAUUACAUCUGUCUGAUUGAUGACAUCUGUUUUCAAGACAAUGAGUUAAAAGGUAGAAGCUAGGUGGUGAUGUGUUACCAACUAUAGUAUGUACAAAAUGAGAACAUAUGAAUGAAUUCUUUAACAUUUCCCUCCUGUUUAUCAUUUUGGAAAUACAAGUGGGGAUAUUAGAAUGCUGUUGCCUUUUCAGAAAGUUCAUCAUUUACACUUGAGCGUAUAAAAGGCAUCAGAAGUUUCCUUUUGGCUGUAGGUGCAUAAAAUCAGGGUCUACUUGUUGUAGAAGGGCAUAGUUCACAAAAACAUUUGAAAUUGCUCCAGCCAUCAUAGAUUUCAAACAUGGGAUUAUCAUCGUGACAAUUCAGAACAAACCCAGAACAGUAAUUAGAGAUAUAACGAACUUCAUCAUAACGAAAUACCACGGUCCAGAGGAGAACCAGGACCAAAAAUAAAAAUUAAAAAAUUGGGUGAACAUCGUUGCUCAUUUCUGAACCAUUCAGGUACGGGUACAUAGCAGCCCAGGCGAGUCUAGUGUAGAUGGUCUUGGUGCUGGAGUCGAGAAACAUAUAGGAGAAA